CGCCCGUCGCCCGUCGCCCCGCUCUGGUGGUCGCCCGCCUCUUCCAGGGACUUUCGCGCAGGGAACUGACCGACGUGCCGCCGCGAGGACAAGGUCUGCGGCUGCGUGCAGUUGUGCGGGCAGCACGCGCGAGCGGUGCCGGCGCUGGCCGCUUGUUGACAACUUAAUCGCUAACGUGAAAUUUGUGGAUUCUGUUUUCAUUAUAACAUUUCUUCCACUCGAUUCCCAACUUGGUUUGAAAUUUAAAUCGAUAGAGUGUUUCUGCGAACUUCGAAUCAAAUGACAUUAAUUUUUGAUUUUUAACACUUCCGAAGGCGGUGCGCGAAGACGUUUGUCUCUCUUUGCGGUAUAUUUUGUGCCGGUGAACCUUUGUCGGGUUGCGUCCCCAGGCGCGUUGCUCGGUGAGAGCCGCGAAGGAGAAGGACCUCGUGGGGUGACCUGGCGCCGUGCGAGGUCGGAGCGGUGAUCGUGGACCACGCCCCCCUCGGCUGCACGCCGCCGCCGCCGGCAGCUCCCAGCACCUCGGCACGCGGUUCCCGCACUCCGCACGAGGCCGCCUACGCGGCAGACAGCAGGUGAAAAGUGAGCUGAACGGCUGCAUCUAAUUCUUGGAGCAGAUUCCAGGAGUUAUGGAUUCAAAGGCUUCGACGCCUACAUUGUAGACGGAAUCCACUGUCGAUCGGACGGACUUUUCAAGGACCACUCCAUUCCACAGGUCGCUAGUGGCGUAGCUCCAUGUGGGCGGGGAGGCGCGCGGCGGCCGUGGCGCUGCUGUGGGCGGUGGCGGCAACAUUGGCGGAGGGGAUGGACGAAGUCGCCAAACCGCGCCUCUACAUGAACCUUACCGGGGACAUCAUGCUGGGCGCCUUGUUCCCGGUCCACCGCAAGGGGACUGCCGACCAGCCCUGCGGGAAACUGCAGUCACCGAUGCCAACAGCAGUGUGGUUCAUCGCGCAUUACAACGAGUUCCACGAGCGCGACUUCGUGUGCGAGGACGGGUCCCCGCCCAAGUUCCGCGGCGGCAGCUUCGACCAGGUGGUGGCGGUCAUCGGCGCGCAGUCCAGCUCCGUCACCAUCCAGGUGGCGACGAUGCUGCGCCUGUUCCGCAUCCCGCUCGUCAGCUACCUGUCCACGGCCACCACGCUGGGCAACCGCGAGCGCUUCCCCUACUUCUUCCGCACCGUGCCCAGCGACCUCAACCAGGCGCACGCCAUGCUCGAGAUCCUCAGGCAGUUCAACUGGACGUACGUGUCAGUGGUGUACUCGGACAACGAGUACGGCACGAAGGGCUUCGAGACGCUCAGCGACUUGGCCAAGAACUACAGCAUCUGCUUCAGCGCGCCGCAGCGCAUCGACAAGGAUCACUUCUCAGACAAGGACUACGACAACGCGGUGCGCAACGUGUGGGCGCAGGGCGCGCGCGUGGCGGUGGUGUUCGCGGAGAAGGCGACGGCGCUGCGCCUGCUGGAGGCCGCGCGGCGCGUGGAGGCCGAGGCGGGGGCGGGGGCGGAGGCGCGCGGCCGGGGCCCGGGCCGCGUCGUGUGGAUCGGCUCGGACGCCUGGGGGCUGGCGGGCCACGCGGCCGACGAGCGCCUGCUGGAGGGCGCGCUGGCCAUCCAGCCGCUGGCGCGCCCGCUCGCCGGCUUCGACGCCUACUUUCGCUCGCUGACGCGCGCCCACGCCAGCGUCAACCCGUGGUUCGAGGAGUACCUGGACGACGCGCAGGCGCAGUGCGCGCGCAGACACGCCCGCCCGCACGCGGACGCCGCCGCCGCCGCGCACGAG